AUGGCGUGUCUUGGAGAAGAAACAACGAAGUAUUCAGCACUUGGUCCGUUGUGUUACGAAUGUGAUCACAUGCCACACCAGAGAGACUGUGGAAAGGUCGUACGCUGUGGAAGUCAUGAGAGUUGUUAUGGAAUGAAGUAUGUCACCACAGACUCGAUCGUAUUCUUCAGGUCCGGGUGUAAGGAUACCGGGUUAUGCGGUGUGGGGAAACGUGACGACCGGACUCUUUGUAGCCAGUGUUGUACUGGAGACUUCUGUAACAUACAGACAUGUGAUCAGCAAAUCACACUUCAACAUAGAUGCUUCGCCUGUGAAUUCGUGUUAAAUCCAACCGACUGUGAUUUGUCUAAACAGUGUGAUGUGGACGAGAUUUGCUACACAGAGGAAGUAUACAACGUUAAUUUAGAAAAACGAUUUCGUUUGGGAUGUGCACAAAUCUCGAGAUGUAGAUCCCCGCCUGUCCUCGCCGUCGGUAAACGUGGUGAAGACGUAUCAUCCAGACAGACUCGGGUCAGUUCGCUACCAUUGACAACAUCUUACUGUGCAAAAUGCUGUUCAGGAGAAAACUGCAAUCGAGACCUGUGUGAUGGAACUGACUCUGGCACUGACCUGAUCGUCCCGCCAGCACUCCUUCUGUGUUUUGACUACGAUGAAGACGGCUGUCGUGAUCUUAUUGGUGAUGACGCCGCCCCCUGUUCUGACAAAAAGAUUAAGAACAUGCUGUGCCCUCGGACGUGUGGAACAUGUACAGGAGGCAGCCCAAGCAUCAAUGUUGGAUCUACCGGAUCGUGUUAUGACGACGGUGAUCGUUGUGCCAUUGAUGCCCCCACUACAACAUUAAUAUGCAGUGUACAGCCACAGCUUUGUAAGAAGACAUGUGGAAUAUGUAAUGGAGGAUCUACACCACAACCAGCUCCGGUCUGUAAUGAUCCCAUCACCACGUGUCAGUGUAAGUACCUGGACGAGCAGCUCCAUAUCUGUGACGAUCGGGAUAGAGACGUAAAGAUGUUCUGCUGUUACUACUGCAACAAAAAGCAAAACAUGUACACCUGUCCUAACAGCACGUGUGAUGCUAUUGAACAACAAGAGUUUGACAGAAUCCAGAAGCUUGGCAUCAGUAUCACUUGCCACAGUGAAAUCCAUACUUAG